AUGGCCACAAGUCCAGAGCCCUUCCAUCUAGUCGACUUUUGGCUCGCAAUUUCCUGGCCACUGGUUUGGAAGGUCCUCAUUACUCUACUGCUGUUGAAAAACUUCAAGAAUCUUCCCUUUGCAUGGCAUAUCCGUCUACUUCGUGGAUACCGCUGGCUACUUAGAUCAAAUAGAUCAAAAGAUGGUCCUUCUCCAGCCCAGCUUUUUCAGCCUUUGAUACUGUCGUCAGGAAAUGCUCUCUGCGAGUUGGAUUACAAUUUCCACAAAUCAAAUAGUACAUAUUUCGCCGAUCUAGAUAUUGCGCGCGCGCAUCUUAUGUGCACACUCUUUUCCAGUGGUGUCGACUACGCUAGAAAUGCCCCAAGAAGGACCGGAAUACUGGGAGUUUCCGAUGACUUGAUAGGCCUGGCCCUUGGUGCGGUAAGCUGCACGUUCCGAAAAGAAGUAAAACCCUUUCAAAGCUAUGAGAUUUGGACACGAGUACUAUCAUGGGAUGAGAAAUGGAUGUACACGGUUACCCAUUUCGUUCGGAAGGACACUCAUCGGCCUCGAAGCUUUACAUUGUUGCCGCAGAACUACAGUUCUCGACAGGGAAAACUCAACGAUCUUGCCAGAAAAGAAGACGCCAUCUUUGCCUCGGCACUGAGCAAGUGUGUAUGGAAAAAGGGACGUCGGACUGUUUCACCUGAGAUCAUGCUCCAAGUUUCUGGUCUGCUGCCUCCACAACCCGGCCAGGAGGAUGUUGUAGCCAAACUCCGCGAUGAACCUUUAGGAAAGCUCACUGUGAGCAAACAGUUCGAGGAAUAUUACGAUCUCCCAUUCAAGCUUAUUGCCAAGAUCGAAGACAGUUGGGAUGCCCUCAAGGCACAUUUCUCCCUCGAGAGCGAGGAUAUCGCCGAAGAGGGCCGAUUCCGCGGUGGAAAACAGCCUCAGCCUCUUCGACGCAACCAGUCCCAACAGCAACAACCCAGGGAAGAAUGGACGUGGGAAAAAGUGGAACAAGAGCGUCAGCGAGGCAUGGAGAUUGCCCGAAGCCUGGCCGAAAUGGACCGGCUGCACGGUGUGUUCACCGCUGAUACCGAUGCCUUGGCUCUGCGCAGGGAUUUGUGGUAG